AAAAGCAAGAAAGAGUUGAAAUACAAUUCGGGCUGUUCUUGGUCUCGAUCCGCCCACCGCCAUACACAUCGUUACAACCAUUUUUCGCCAUCGGAUUCAACCUCUCUUCCCUCCUAGACCUGCUUCGCCGCCGGUCUCCAGCCAGGCUCGUUGGAAUUGGCGCCUUCCAGGAAAAAGUGGAUGCUAAAAGGUGAAGCAGAAUGGAUAAAUUAAGAGAAUUUGGGAGAAAAGCAUUGUUCUACGUAAGGGUUCUCUCCGGGUAUGAAGAGCGUAGAAUUCGAAACUAUAGAUUGCAGCUCGAGAGACGUCUGCUACAGGCACAAGAAAGGAAAGCGGACAUAAGAAAGAUCCCUGAGCAAGCUAUAUUGGCAGAGGUUCGCCGUAUGGUUGACGAGAUGCAAACUCUAAAUAGAAAGCUUGAAGAAACAGAAGCUGCCAUUGAAGAGUACUUCAAACCAAUAGACAAGGAAGCUGAGAUGCUAAUGAAAAUGCAGCUUGAAGGAGAAGAGAAGACAAUGAAAGAGAUGGUGGCAGCAAUGCAACAACAGGCCUUGCUUGAGAAAGCUGAAGCUGAGAAAAUAGCAAAUACGCAACAACAGGCCUUGCUUGAGAAAGCUGAAGCUGAGAAAAUAGCAAACACGCAUCAACCAGACACAAACAAAAGUAACCAGGAUGCUACCUCCAGCAGCAGUCAGCAUGCUCAAAUGAGAUAAUUGUCAAAACCGAUUCCAUGAGUGCAUAUUUUUUGUUUCUCCACUUUUUUGUUAGUAUGCGCGUAUUGAGAGAUAAGUCUGAAUAAUUGAGGCUUUUAGCAAGAAAAGUUGAAACAACUAAAGGCUUGAAUUUUGUCAAAUUUAGUUAGUCAUGUAUACAACCAAGAGUUGUUAUUGUUGCUCAAUUGUACUAAUGGUUAUGUAGGAUGGAUAGUUUCCAUUGCCCAUACUCCACAUAUUAUGUUGCAAAUGAGUGUGCUUUCAUGGGGAUGAGCUUAAUUGUUGAAUAUUUGGAUUUGGACACAACAGUCUAUAUCUUAUAUAAUCUAUUGAUUCCUGAAUUUAGGGAUUUAUCUGCUU